AUGUUCCAACGCAUCCUCAUUUUCAUCCUUACCAUCGAGUGGGGUACUGCCGCCUCUUCCCUGGAGGAUGACCGCAUCCCAGGUUCCGCGGAUAUCGCUCUGAGGGGUGCGCGGCCACCGACCGAUUGUGUGGUGAAAAUGAUCAAGCCUUAUGAAUUCACAGUCGAAGCCUUCGUGGACACUGUCGAAGACCCAUCACUUGCUGGCAGCACCGUCAGAAUCACCCGAGUGAAGUCAACUGAGUUCAUUACAAGGGAUAAUAAAGUGCACAAACUUUCUGGUGAUGAAGUGGAGACCUUGAUAGAUUCCGAGAUGCUACGUGCCUUGAACGAUCGAGAUGUGUCUGAGGACGUGGAUGAACAAACCCUCUGCAAAGCACAGUUGAAGGCGUUCGCUGACCAUAUGUACAUAACUUCUGAGAAAUACCAACAAGAUGCGAGAAAACUCGGCAUCGACCCGCAAAGCGAAUCUUUCAUCGCCUGGAGUAUUCUCAACCUUCGAAAGGAGAAUCUUUUCGAGCGACGAAUCGGCGAGCCUGAUAUUGGCGAGAUAUGUGAAAUCGAUGCGUCGAUUGGAUUCAGAUUCAAGACUAAGACACCUCAUGAGACUCAAUACGAAGAUAUAUCAAUAACAGCCACCCAUGACAGGGACAACAUCAUGACCAUCGACUCCUUCGUUGUGGGGUUCAAACAGUAA